UAAUGUCGUAGCGUAGGUCUGUUUUGACAAUGAUGAACGCAUCUUUUAUGUUACGGCAUUCCUUACCUCACCCAACCAAACCCACCUCUUUAACAAAAACCCAACCACACUCCUCUAAUCCUAAUUAAUCAAUCUUCAUUCUCUAAACUUCCAAACCUUUUUUUUUUACUUUUCUUCAUCCAAAAUUUUCUUUCUUUUCCCUUUUCAUUUGGAAUUUUGAAUCAUAAAAACUCUUGAUCAUCUUCGCCAGUUCAUCAACUUUCCACAAAGUUAUUAUGGCAAUGAUGCCGUACUACCUUUCGAGGUUACCUUAUCAGGAUUCUCUUCAAAUACUUGAGGCUGAUAUUCAACAAGCUAAUUCUUUGGCUGCUGCAAUUCCAAGAGCAAGAGGAGGGACUCUUAUUAAAAUGAAAUUGGUUUGCAAUCAAUUGGCUCCACUAUUACUAUUAUUUCUUCAAUGGAUGGAUUGUUCUUGUGCUGCCUUUUUGCAUAGUUAUCUAAAUCUUUUCCACAUACUUAUAUAUAAGGAACCAAAUGAUGGUAGAUCAAACAUGUCUACUCGUGGAAGGAAGGCAACCAUUAAGGACUUUUAUGCCGUUAUAUUGCCAUCUCUUCAGCGGCUUCAUGGUAGUUUCGACGACACGAUGGAGACUUGUGAAGAAGGGAACACAAGUUUAGAAGGUUCAAGUUGUGGCAAUAAAGUAAUCGAAUUUGAAGGAGAUGGGAAAUUAACCAAUGUUGAUUUGCAAAGAGAAGAUGAGUGUGGGAUUUGCUUAGAGCCUUGUACCAAAAUGGUUUUGCCUAAUUGCUGCCACGCCAUGUGCAUCAAAUGCUACCGCAAGUGGAACAGAAAGUCAGAGUCGUGUCCUUUUUGUCGCGGUAGCUUAAGGAGGGUUAAUUCGGAGGAUCUAUGGGUAUUAACUUGUGAUGAAGAUGUUGUUGAUGCCGAAACAGUUUCUAAAGAGGAUUUGUUGCGUUUUUACCUCUAUAUCAACAAGCUUCCCAAAGAUAACCCUGAUGCACUUUUCCUAAUGUAUUAUGAAUACCUGAUUUAAUUUUCUUUUUAAUGAGUAGGAAUCAAAUUCAGCACCUCGGAGUUUACAACUCUCACAAACCCUGUGCACCAACCACUUGUGUCAGACACGCGUGGUUUAUUUGAUUUUUUUUUUUCACUAAAUAAGAAGAAAAUGUGUACAUAUAGAAAAAUCCGGACCGCAAAUGUGAAUAGUGUCUGGUAAAAAAAAAAAAAAACAUUCUGGUCAUUUCAUCAUAGCACUUGUAAGGGAAGUUUCUUGGAUUUUUAGACCAGGAAAAACACUCUUCUUUAGUCCCUGAUGCAUAUUUAUUAUUGUAAGCAUUGCUCUUACAAUUAACUUGAGAUUCCUUGUUUGAGUUGUUGGCUUGCUAAAGUUUUUCAACAAGUUGUAAUUAAGAUAUGAGGGUCUAUUAAGCAAAAUCUUCUUGCAUAUUACUUGUUGAAAACUUUAAACA